AUGUCAGAAUGUGGGAAGAAAACAACAAAGCUCCUUCUUAUGCCAAAGAAAACCAUGUCGGCCUUGGCUGGUCUGCAGUUCCCUGUGGGUCGUGUCUACACGUGCCUCAAAAGUGGGAGCUAUGCUGACAGGGUCAGUCCUGGUGCUGCCAUCUACCUGGCUGCAGUGCUGGAGUACCUGAGUGCAGCGAUCUUGGAGCUGGCAGGAAAUGCUGCACGGGAAAACAAGAAUGCCAGAAUCACGCCCGGGCACAUCCAGCUUGCAGUGAGAAAUGAUGACGAGCUGAACAGGCUCUUCACCUGCAUGAGCAGUGCUCAAGAAGAUGUUAUGUCAAGUAUCCAUGCCCAGCUCUUUCCCAUCAGAGCUGAUGGUCCUUCUCUUGAACAAGGCGGUAGCCAGUGA